AUGGUGUCCGACCACGUCCUCCGGCUCUGCCAGUCCCCCAACACCGUCAGCUCCCUGCUCGCCAAGAACCCGUCCCAGAGCCCCGGCCAGAUCGCAAAGGACCUCUACGGCAUCUACGAAAAGGACCUCCACCGCCGUCCGCCGUCCCCUCCCUCCUCCUCCGCCUCUGCCUCUGCCUCUGCCUCUGCCUCCUCCCGCUCCUCCUCCGACCAGAACACCACCACCAACAACAACAACAACAACAACAACAACAACGAUACUGCAAAUAAUGGCCGGCCGUCUCCGGCAACAACAACAACAACAACAACCCGCCAGACGCGGGACCUGGACCUCGCCUACAAGUGCGGCCGCUGGGGUCCCACGACGCCGAGCCCGCUGUUCCUCCAGGCCUUCGCCGACGCCCUGCGGUGCCUCGACGCGGACCCCCUGGCCGGCGUCGUGUCGCCGCCGCUCAUGGGCACCCACGGGACGGUGCCCCUGACGGUGAUUGCGCCGCUGGUGGACGUCAUCCGGCACGUCUCCAACGUGAUUGCGCGGGCCGAGAAGGAGGUCUUCUUCAUCACCUGCACGUGGUCGCCGUCCGUGGCGCAGCGGCUCAACGAGGCGUGGCUGUCGCUCAUCCGCAACGCGGCGCGGCACGUCUUCAUCCAGACGCCCGACCUCAACGCCGCGCCGCUGCUCCCCGCGCUGGCCGACGCGCUGCGGCGCGGCGUCGAGGUCACGUACUAUGUGUGCUUUGGCUACAACGACGCCGGCGAGGUGAUCCCGGGGCAGGGCGGCACCAACGAGCAGGCCGCGCGGAGCUUGUUGUCUCUGCUGCCCGAGGAUGGACCAGAGCGGAAGCUGCUGCACAUAUACGACUACGUGGCCAAGGACCAGGACAGGCCGAUCCACCAGUGCUUCAAGGCGCGGUGCUGCCACGUCAAGCUGCUGAUUGCCGACGGCCAGGUGGGCGUCCAGGGGAGCGGCAACCAGGACACGCAGAGCUGGUUCCACAGCCAGGAGAUCAACGUCAUGGUGGACAGCGCCGACAUCUGCGCAAAGUGGCGCGAGGGCAUCGAGAGGAACCAGAACACGAAGCUGUUUGGGCGGGUUGCGGGCGACGGCGUCUGGAGGGACGAGGGGGGCAAGCCGGGCGACGGGUACAUGGGGGACCCGGGGUCGGUGGAGGGCUUGAUCAAGGGGGUUUGGGGGAUGUACAAGAAGAUGGAGAGGGCAGGCGUUGUUGGUUAUAAUCGAAUGGCCGAGUAUACGAGACAAGUCCUUCUACACGACCAGGCCUGA